AGGCUGCUGGAAGUACUGUGUAGGUGUGUCUAUGCAAAUACAUUGGUCUCAGUCAGCAUAAAUGCAGAGACUCCAGCGAGAGUUUAAUCUGCGCUGUUUGAGGCAGGAUGGCAACCAAACUGGGUUGUGCUUUGACUGCAAUCAUUUUUCUUGCAUUGGGUGUUGCAAAAUGUGAAGAGGAAAUUGCUAACAUGCAUAUGUUAGAUAACGAAGAAAGGUUCACCCGAGCUCUCACAUUAAGACCUGCAUCUGGUUAUCCUGAGGAUUGCAGUGGUGUCAGUGGUAAAAGCGGACUUCACAUUAUCAAACCUAACGGAUCCCCCCCACUUGUUGUGUAUUGCGACAUGAGAACAGACGGUGGUGGAUGGACCAUGAUUCAAAGGAACAAUCGGGUAACAGAAAUUAACUGGGCAGAAUACUGGACAGCCUACAAGUAUGGUUUUGGCAAUAUCCUUCGGGAUCACUGGCUGGGAAAUGAAUAUAUAUACAAGAUCAUAAAGCAGAGAAAUUACAAAAUAAAGUUUUUGCUGAGGGAUAGGUACAAUAGACUGCGUAUUGCUAAUUAUGACUCAUUCGCUAUCGGAAAUGAAGUAAGUGGUUACAGAUUGAGCUUAGGUAGAUACUCAGGAAAUGCCGGCAAUGCUAUGGUAGGAAAUCAGAACACCGUUGUACAUGAUAAUAUGAAGUUUUCAACAUUGGACCGAGACCAGGAUAGGUCAUCGUCGAACUGUGCAAAAUCUUGCAGGGGCGGCUUCUGGUUUAAUAAUUGUUACAGGGUUAACCUGAAUGUAAAGACAUCAAUCUACUGGUAUGGCUUGUGCAAUGGCAACUGCAAGUCUUCCCAGAUUCUGAUCAAACCUGACAAUGUGUGUAAGCAGUAUAAUUAACACAAGUGACAUAGAACUGAUGAGUUCCAGGUGAUACUUCAUCCUGACGAAUGGAAAGAAGUUCUGAGUGCUUUACACAGGCAUGGCUCUCAACUCUAUGUCUGUGCAUCACUCUGGCCCACCUCGGUGCUCCCCGUUUGAAAAUUAUUUCUGGCCUGUCUUCAAAACAAGAAAGCAAAAUAUUUGGGGUAGAUUUUUCUUGUGCAUUGGGAUUUAUCUAUAUUCUCUUUUGGGGAGCUGAAUUUGUGUGUGAAAUGCCUGAUUUAGAAUGAAGUGAAAUCAGACCUGUGAACUGACAGCUAGCUGUAAGUAUAAUUGCUCAAAAAAUCAGAAAUCAUCACAAACAAAACAAAUUCGAAGGCUACUCUCAGGUUUCUACCAGUUUGGAUCUUUGUUAUAAAUGUAAAUCUGUAAUUUCUCAAAACUAUCUUCAAAUGUUUUGACACAUUCAACGAGCAGUGUAAUUUUGUGAUGGUUGUUUGACCGUGUUCAUUUUUGUCACCAUAAAUACCAGCUGUGGGCAGGAAUAAGACCCAGAUCAGAUGAUGUGUGAAAAUGUAGAGAUAGCUACAAGUCUGACUAUUUACAGAAAUUGGUGUUUCAUUCUGUAUUUAAUACUGAUUAAAAUGCUUAUAGUUACAAUAAAAUGGACUUCAAUAUCC